GACUCCUCUACAAUGGGAAGCUUUCGUCAGUGCCCUGCAGGUUCCUCUUACAUAAGGGAGUGAAGUUUGCUGUCCUGAGUGGGUGUCUCAUCAUCUCCUGGUCAUGAUGUCAAUGCCUGGGACAAGAGGUCGGCCUUAUUGAUCGCUGUGCAAGCAUCAGCAGCCUGUUUAUACAGAUUUAGGACAGCAGCCUGCAUGCAUUGAACUCAGCAGAAAUUCAAGCAGUGUAUGGCCAGCGUAAGGAUGGAUCAGAGGUGCUGCCACUCCAUGCAAGCGGUCCUGUUACUUGUUGUGGGCACUCUGCUACUCAUCACCCCAACCGUCAGUGGACUUGUCAGGGAAUACUAUGUGGCUGCUAUAACAGUGGAUUGGGAUUACAGCAAUGGACAAGAUUCAAGUUCCGAUAACGUGUUUAAGAAGAUAGUUUACAAGGAGUAUGAAAAAGGCUUUAUUGCAUCAAAACGUUCCUCAAAACUCUCAGGUAUUUUAGGACCAACUCUGCGUGCUGAGGUUGGGGAUACUUUAAAAGUUCACUUUAGGAAUAUGGCUACAAAACCUCUUACUAUUCACCCGCAAGGAAUUACAUACGGGAAACUUUCUGAAGGGGUAAAAUAUGCUGAUGGCACCUCCUUGCUGGAAAAAUUUGAUGAUUCAGUGUUACCAGGCCAAACAUAUACCUAUAGCUGGGACAUCACAGAAAACAUGGGACCAAAAGAAGAUGACCCUGAUUGUCUUACCAAUAUCUACUAUUCUGCAGAGAACAUGGUGCAAGAUGUGAACUCUGGGUUAAUUGGUGCAUUGCUGAUAUGUAAAACAGGAAGUCUCAAGGAAGAUGGAACUCCAAAAAACUUUAACAAAGAGUUUGUUCUGUUGUUUGCGGUAUUUGAUGAAAGUAAAAGCUGGCAGGCAAUUCCAUCAACGAAAGAGAGGCCAGUAAUGUACACAAUUAAUGGCUAUGCAAAGGGUACUGGGCCAGAUUUCAAAGCCUGUGCUGACGACAAAAUCAAUUGGCAUCUAUUAGGCAUGAGCUCCAAACCUGAAAUCUUCUCGGUUCAUUUCUUUGGCCAAACCUUGAACGAGGAUCAUCACAGAGUUUCUGUCAUAAGCCUUGCUAGUUCUGCAUCCACUUCAGCCAACAUGACCGCCACUCAAAGUGGCAAACUGACAAUAUCAUCCCUUAAUAAAAACCACAUUGAAGCUGGGAUGCAGGCCUAUUUAGAUGUUGAAACAUGUACCAGUAAAGAUCACAGAAAACAAGUUUAUCAAACAAGAUUUAUUAAAAGCUGGGAUCACUUUAUAGCUGCAGUUGAAGUUGAUUGGGAUUAUGCCUAUCGUAGUUCAGACCCCUCUGCAAGCACAUCCUGCCACCAGACAUUUAAAAAAGUAGUCUAUCGGCUGUAUACAGAUAGCACUUUCAGAACUCCAACCGAACCUGAAAGGUCAAGAAGGGAACUUGGACUGAUUGGGCCUGUCAUCCGAGCUCAGGUUAAAGACACAAUUAUGGUUGUAUUUAAAAAUAUGGCUAGCCAGCCCCACAAUAUAUAUCCGCAUGGAGUGUCAUUACAGAGGUUCUUUAAGGGAUAUGUACCUGAUCUUAAGGGUGAAGAGAUACAAAAUAAUACAGUCAUGCCUGGAGAAACAGUCACCUACUACUGGACAGUUUUGGACAUUGAUGAGCCCACAAAAAAUGAUCCUCAAUGUUUGACAAGAAUAUAUCAUAGUACUGUUAACAUUGUGAAGGAUAUGGCAUCUGGGCUGCUUGGCACACUUCUAAUUUGCAAGUCAAUGUCACUAAAUACCAGAGGAUUACAGGAAAAAGCAGAUGAAGAGCAGAUUGCAAUGUUUGCAGUGUUUGAUGAGAAUAAAAGCUGGUACUAUGAAGUCAAUAAGCCAAAAGCCUGUAGCUGGAUGCAUACCAAAGACCCCAAAAAUCUCUACAAUUACUAUGUUAUCAACACUAUAAAUGGAAAUUCUCUUAAAGACGCAAUCCUGGGAUUCUGUUACAACCACGUGGUUCAAUGGCAUGUUUCAAGUGUGGGAAUCUGGGAUGAAACUCUUACAUUACAGUUUAGUGGACAUACCUUCAGAUACAGAAGAGGAGGUGGAGACUUAGUAACUCUCUUUCCAAUGACGAGUGAGAGCAUUAUCACAGAAAUGAAUAAUAUAGGUGUGUGGCUAUUCGGUAAUUUCAACUUAAACGAAAGCCCUGGAAUGAAUGUCAGAUUCAGAGAUGUAAAAUGUUUUGCUCCUGUAGACUAUGAUGAGUUUUUAGAUGAAGAAUUUACAUUUAACUAUCCAGAUGUCAGAACAGGCCCAGAUGACAACAAUGAAGAAAUAGAGAUUCUUACAGAAGAGGAUGACUACAGUGAAAUGAUGGCUGAAAAGCUAGGUAUUAGAUCUCGGAAGAAUAAUACAGGGGCCGUAGAAGAAACUUUUAAUCUUACUGCAUUAGCUAUAGAUGACAUAUAUGAGACCAGCAUUACAAAUGUAGGUGUUCUUAGUAACGCAAGCACAUCAGGUAGUUAUGACAUUCAUUCAUCUGAGUCUACUGAAGAUGAAUAUAAUAAGAAUGUCACAUUGGAGGGGGGUCAGGAUAUUCCCAGGGAGUCGGUUUCAGUCAAUGAAUAUGUUGUUCCCACAAGCCCUAGCAAUUCUACUGAAGGUUUUAAUCACAUGGACACAUUACAAAGUGCCACCCCUGAUCAAAGUGAAGAAAUAUUUAAUAGAACAGAAGAUGUCUAUAUACAUGAUCACAACAGCACAGAUGCUGACAAAGAAGAAAACAUUAUUCAAGCAGAAAAUGAUUUCUCAACGUAUUUUGAAGAGCCUACAAAUGGCACAGAAAAGGAAGACAUAGAAGCAAUGGAGAAAACAAACAGUUCAGAAGUCAUAAAAUCCAUUAAUGUUGCAAAAAGGGAUGUGGAAAAGGCAUCAAAUUAUAUGUUCUUCGACUUAAGGUAUAGGGAAAACAACUCAAAGCAAUGGGAAGAAACUGUUCCAGAUAACAUUGUUCAGUGGCCACAUGGAACAGAAGGGUUUAUGGAAAAGCAUGAAAUCAAUACUACACCUGGAGUACCAUCACAAACCAGUUCUGAUAGUUUACCCAUAGAUGAUAAUGGUGGCCAGCACCACCCACAAACUGUGGCAUCACCAACCUUUCAACCAAAGAGUCAUCCGGAGUUCACAAUCACCACGGCUACAGAUGAGAAAACCUCUACAUCUUUGGAAAGACUGGGUACAACGAAGAGUAGUAUUACUGAUUACUAUGACAGUGAAAUUAAGGAGAUGCUGGGCGAUCAGAUUUUUGAAGAUAUAAUGAAAAUCAUAAUGUUUGAGCCUCAAAGUAAUGAAACAGUCUUAGAAGAAGAUUCAGGACUGAUAGCCAUCGAAGAAAAACUAGAUGAUAUAAAUGAAUCGGGUAAUCAGUCAAAUCCAUCUUCAAAUGACAUUACAAAACAAAGCUCUCAAACUAAAGCUAUAAAAAAGCAAACAAUCAUUUAUGGGAAAAAAAUGGAAAAAUUCCAAUUUCAUACCAUUGCAAAUAAUUCCAGCAGGAUCAAAUAUGUCAAACGAGCAAAGAGAGUAGGUAAAGUAAAAGAAAAAAGAACUGCAAACAGCAGCUAUAAUAAAUUACAUAUGUCUAAUAGUACUCAAUUUGAAUAUGAAUCUUCAAACAUCUCCUCGAACAAUGAGAACAUUACUGCAGACAACAACAUAAUGUUAUCUCCCAGAGGAUUUAAUCCCAGAAGUGUUUUCAAAUUUGUGAAAGAAAUUGUGAUUGGAGUACCCAGAGGUGGUGAUGGUGAAUAUGAAGAGUAUGACACAGAUGCAGAGUUCAGCACUGACAUGGAGGAAAAACCUAAACUUAUGAUGGCAUUUGAAGAUCCUUACAAAAUACAGACAGUAGAUGAUGUUAACCGCUACACCAACCCAGACAGGAUCAUAGAGAAUUUUCUGCGGACCUCAAAAGGAAUGAAAAGAAUUUACUACAUUGCCGCUGAGGAAGUGCAGUGGGAUUACAUGGGACGGGCUAUAAGGUACAAUGUCAAUGAAAAACCAGCCAGUGAAUCUAGAGGACCUGUGUACAAGAAAGUUAUAUUUCGACAGUACCUUGAUAGCACGUUCAAAAAACCUGCUGUAGAUGGUGAAUAUGAAGAACAUCUUGGCAUACUUGGACCUGUAAUCAGAGCUGAAGUUGAAGAUGUCAUCCAGGUGACUUUUAAAAACUUAGCAACUCGCCCCUAUUCCAUUCAUGCCCAUGGAGUUUCUUAUGAAAAAUCAUCAGAAGGAUAUAGCUAUGCUGAUGAAACAGAAGACUGGCUUCAGGGAGAUGACAUUAUAAAACCUGGAAAAUCUUAUGUUUAUGUGUGGUAUGCCACAAAACAAUCAGGACCUGAGCCUGAAGCAUCAGCCUGCAGAACAUGGGCCUAUCAUUCUGGUGUUAACGUUGAAAAGGACAUUCAUUCAGGCUUAAUUGGCCCAUUGCUGAUUUGCAGAAAUGGAACUCUUGAUAAAGAAAACAACAGACCCCUGGAUGCCCGUGAAUUCAUAUUGUUGUUUAUGACUUUUGAAGAAGAAAAAAGCUGGUAUUUUGAUAAAACAAAGAAUACAUGUACAGGCAUAACAGAAAAGCCAGCGUAUGCAAAUAAAUGUCACACAUUUCAUGCCAUAAAUGGAAUUAUCUACAAUCUCCAAGGACUUCAAAUGUACCAGGAUGAAUUAGUGCGAUGGCAUUUGUUGAACAUGGGAAAUACAAAAGAUAUACAUGUGAUUAAUUUUCAUGGUCAGACUGUCACUGAAAGUAUAACAAAUGAACAUCGACUUGCAGUUUAUCCUCUAAUACCAGGUUCAUUUGCAACAGUUGAAAUGCGUCCUUCAAAACCUGGUCUUUGGCAACUUGAUACUGAAGUAGCAGAAUAUCAGCAAGCAGGAAUGCAAGCAAUAUUCAACAUUGCAGAUGCAGAUUGUAACUUUCCUCUUGGCCUGGCAAACGGACUGAUAUCUGAUGAUCAGAUCUCUGCAUCACAUUACAUAGAUUAUUGGGAGCCAAAAUUUGCCAGAUUGAACAAUGUAGGUUCCUACAAUGCUUGGAGUGCACAUAUGAAUAAAUCUUCACUGCCAUGGAUACAGGUGGAUUUACAAAAAACACAUUUAAUCUCUGGAAUAAAAACACAAGGCGCUAGUAAAUAUUUCAGCCAGUAUUACAUCACCGAGUUCUUUGUCUUGUACAGCAAAGAUAAGAGAAAGUGGACAGCUUUCAAAGGAAACAGCUCUACAUUACAUAAGAUAUUUAAAGGGAACAUUGACUCAUCUAAUAUAAAAGAAAAUCAGUUUGACCCCCCAAUUGCAGCACGAUACAUAAGAAUUUAUCCCACAAAGUACCAAAAUAAGCCAGCUCUUCGCAUGGAAUUGCUUGGGUGUGGAAUAAAUGGAUGUUCAACUCCCCUAGGUAUGGAGAAUUCUAGUAUAAAGGAUCAACAAAUAACAGCUUCCUCGCAUAAAUGGUCUUGGUACUCAUCACCAUGGUUACCGUCUCUGGCACGCCUCAAUAAAGCUGGGUCUGUUAAUGCUUGGCAAGCAAAGUCCAAUAACAACCAGCAGUGGCUACAGAUUGACUUUCUUACAGUGAAGAAAAUUACUGCUAUUACAACACAGGGAGCUAAACAGUUUGCUAGUGAAAUGUAUGUGCAGUCCUAUGGUAUUCACUACAGUGAUGAUGGAAGAACCUGGAAAUCCUACAUAGAUGAUUCCACCUCAAUGGAAAAGAUAUUCAGAGGAAACAGCAACAGUGCAGGAUAUGCCAAGAAUAAUUUCAAUCCUCCAAUAUUUUCACGAUUCCUAAAGAUUAUUCCAAAAAGUUGGAAUCAAGGCAUUGUCAUGAGAGUGGAGCUCUAUGGUUGUAAUAUUUAAAG